AUGGAAGAGAAAGAGCAAUCCUCGGAACCACCGCCGUGUGUGAUGACAUCACUUCCCGAAGACGUAAUCCUUGACAUCUUAGCGCGUGUACCAAGAUGCAACUAUCCAACACUCUCCCUCGUUUCAAAACAUUUUCGGUCUCUUGUUGCGGCGAGUGAGAUAUACGCGAGACGAUCCUUGUUAGGCUGCACUGAACACUCUCUCUACGUUAUCCUCAGUAACAGGAGGGGCUGUUAUGAUGGCCAGUUAUAUAUUCUCAGCCGGGAAGCCAACGGAAAUCAAGGCUUGUUCCUCAUCCCUUCACUACACUCUAUGCCUCAAUUUGGUAGCUACGUCGCGAUGGGCUCGAAGAUAUAUGUGUUCAACACUGUGACGACAUCCCCAAGUGGGUUAAUCAUCGACUGUAUAUCUCACACAGCGCAACGCCUACCAGUACCUGUGCCCAUGAUCAUAAAGGUUACGAUUACGGUCGCUGACAUCACUGACGGGAGAAUCUACGUGAUUGGGUAUUAUUGGGAUUUCAUAUACAAGAAGGUGAUGGUUGUGUUCAAUACAGAAACACAAACAUGGGAGCCUGAGACGAUAAAGAUGGACACUGAGGUUGACGUCCGUGCGUGUGAAUGUGUGGUGAUGGCUGGUAAGAUUUACUUUAGGGAUCGUAAGAAGAAUAGCAUUGUUUACGAGCCAAAGGGAAGUAAAUGGGAAACGGACGAGAUGGUGAAUGCGAAAGAGUGGGUUGAUGCUUGUGUGGUUGAUAAUGUUUUGUAUUAUUACGAUAACGUGGAGAACAAGUUAAGAGCGUAUGACUCAGAGAAGAAGUGUUGGGGAGUGGUGAAUGGUGGUGUUGAGGAAUUGUUGGCUAAGAAGAAAGUUUAUGGGUGGUGGAAGACUGUGAGUUACAGUGGGAAACUUUUCUUGUUCAAUCGUCAAGGAAACCUCGUUGGAGUGACAUAUUUUGCGGAGAUUUCGCUGCAAAGAAACCAACAAAGGGAGAUUUGGGGUAAAGUUGAGUGGUGUGAUGGGGUUGAGAUUGCUGAGAGUGUUUAUAUUUUGAAAUCUCUAGGUGUUAUGGUUUAA